GUUUAUGUUGUUCCGAUGGCAGAAAGUUCUACUCCCAAAAAGUUUUUUAGAUUUAUAAAAUUUACUCCAACAACUAAAAAAACUCUUUGUGUAAUUUGUGGAAACAGAAUUGAAAAAAGUGAUUACAGGAGAAAAUUAUUUCAUGGCAGCAUCAAAUCUGAAUACUGUAUUCUUAUUGAAAAAUAUCUGGAAAUAAAUAUUACAGAAGAGACACAUGCAGAUACUGCAUGUAGAAAAUGUGUUAGAGAACUGCAAAAAAUUGACAGUGUUUUCACAACAUUUAAAUCGUCUUAUCAGAAUACUUUGGCAAAACUACGUGAAACACAUGGACAUAACUCGGUUUCAUUCAAAAGACAAUUUUCCGAGGAUGGUAGUGCAACUGUUAAUAGUAGGAAAUCGUUGUUUCCUAGAGAUGAGGGAAAAGAAGAAGACCCUGAAUUCAAUAUUGACACUGAAACUGACACAGAACUGAAGGUUAUAAUAUGCCGUGGAUUAAAAAAUGAAAUACGGUGCAUGUCUGCGAAGCACUUUCCAAUUCUUGAUGCCUUAACCUCUGGUGAUAUGCCUACAGUUGGUUUGUUAAUUUCAAAAAUCCCAGAUUUGCAAGAUGUUUUCCAAGAGACAGUGUUUGAUACCAUCAAAGGAGAAAUUAAAACUUUGGCACUAAGAGAGAAUAACUCAAUUUUACGUAAACAUGACAAGAUAAAGUCUCUUACAUUUGCCAGAGUUAUAGAUGAAUGGAGACAGAAGGCUCCUACUUUUUUAAAAUCACUUGAAGCAGCGGUAGCAAACCCAGCACAUCAGUUUAAUAAGUAUAAAAAGGGCGAAGCUUUAAUACCAGGCAUAGUGACUGCUGGCUGUAAACUUUUGACCCUGUACAGCAAAGAUUUAAAUGCUUUUCAACAUUUUAAUAGCUAUAUUUUGUGGAAAGGUGGUUGCAAAAAGUCUGCAUUUUCUCGACUGAAUGCCACAUACGACUGCUUAAGCUACCAAUCAACGCUUAGUUUGGCAGACAAGUUAGGGAAUGACUGGGACAAGGAUCUUGUUGCCAUGCAAGAACUAGUAACAACUGAAACGUCACAUGAAUUGGUGUUACUUCAGAACAUACAGAUGAUCAAAGAGUCCAUUGAUUUGGUAAAUGGAGAUGCUGAUACAAUGGUACAACGAAUUCUUGAACUUUCUAAUGCGGAAAAUGAUUUGCAUCAGUACAGAGAUUUAAUGCACCCUGGCUUUUACUUUGUAGGAGAUAAUGUAGAUAUGCGUACAAAAGUCAGGAAUAUGACAAUCUAUAACCAACACAAAGACCAUCAUAUGUACCAAAUAUGUGCCUAUGAAAACAGGAUUUCAGGGAACCACCUAGACAACACUGUUGCCAAAGGAGAUGCAAAUACAGUGCCCUUCACUACUUUCAUACCGAGUCAGUUAGAAUUGGACAGUAUAGCAAGUGACUUCACUUUCUUAGUAGCGAAAAUAUGGAGUCAGCAUAUUCCACACUUCAACAUAUUUGCACCAGUCCUUCCCGAGUAUAUUGAGCAUCAGUACAUGAAAGAAAUGAAGCAAAAAACAGCAAGAAUAAAUAUGGGAGUUUUGAUGAAAAGUGAGCAAUACAACGAAGAUAUGACAGACAUUUGUGAAUUUAUGCACAAGUAUGUACCUGGACACAAUGAAACAGAUGACUGGACAAAACAGCCACAAAAAGUCUUGAGUGGCGGAGACUAUUUAACUUUUGAGAGACACAAACAGGCGCAGUCAUCCAAACGAAAUGGUCGAACUCCAACAAAAAGAUUAGAGGGACUGGUACCUAAAAUGGAAGAAUUUCACAACCAGGGAGAGUUGCUAAAGCUUCAAUUUCAGGUCAUUUGGAAGUUGUUGUACUCAACCUCGUCAGCUAGAGACCAGGGAACUCUGUAUGCAGCACGCAAUACCAUAAAUGCAAGAAAUGUUACCCAAGAUCCGGCCGAUGAUUUUUAUGCAGCUUCUGAUCUUGUUGAGAAAGUUACCACAGCAUAUAUUAUAACAGGUGGUCUUACUCAUUUUGAAAUGGAAAGCAUAGACUCUUUACCCUGUAAAAAUGUGUAUGAGGGUGCAGUUGGGAAUACAAAUGAAAUGAAGGAAUAUAUUUUUGAAAUAAUAGAAAGGGAAUUGUAG